AUGGCCACCAUGGCGAAAGGUGCAUGGCUGCACUGUUCUUCCGACCUCAAAACCCACCACCAGCAACUGUUACUGGCGGUGGAAUCAUGCCACGGCAUCCAACAGUUCAACCAGGUUCACUCUCAACUCAUCGUUCGCGGCCUCUUCCACCACCCUCUCGUCGCCGGCAGAGCCGUCAAGAAGCUCUGCUCCGACCCCCUCACCGCCCCACGCGCCAUCUCCCUCUUCCACCACCUCUACCACCCUGACGCUUUCAUCUCCAACACCAUCCUCCGCUCCCUCUCACACUCUUCCUCCUCCGCCGCCGCCCUCCGUUUCUACUACCAUGGCAUGCUCGCCCGCUGCGUCCCACCGAACCACUACACCUUCCCUCUCCUCAUCAAGCUCUGCGCUGACAAUUGGUUGGUCUUUGAUGGCGAAAAGGCCCAUGCCAGGGUUCAUAAACUUGGUUUCGAACAGGAUGUUUUCGCCAGGAACUCCCUCAUCAGAAUGUACUCUGUUUUCGGGAGAGUUAGCGAUGCCCGGUUGCUUUUUGACUCGAGUUUGACGUUGGAUUUGGUUAGUUAUAACUCCAUGAUUGAUGGGCAUGUCAAGAAUGGUGAAACUGGUGCUGCCCGCAAGCUGUUUGAUGAAAUGCCUGUGAGGGAUGUUUGGAAUUGGAACUGUAUGAUCGCUGGAUAUGUGGCGGUUGGGGACCUGGAGGCUGCCAAUGAGCUUUUUGAGAGAAUGCCUGACAGGGAUGUUGUGUCUUGGAACUGCAUGAUCGAUGGGUGUGUGAGGGUUGGGAAUGUUCCUCUGGCUCUUGAGUUUUUCAACCGAAUGCCUGCCAGGAACGUGGUUUCGUGGAAUUCCAUGCUUGCGCUGCACGUGCGAGCCAAGAGCUUCUGGGAGUGUUUGAAGAUGUUUGAUGAAAUGAUGGAAAGUGGGGAAGCUGUGCCAAAUGAGGCUACUUUGGUGAGCGUGCUGACUGCUUGUGCGCAUUUGGGGAAGCUCAGUGUGGGGAUGUGGGUUCAUUCUUUUAUCAAAAGUAACAAUAUUAAAGUUGAUGUCUUGCUUUCAACGUGUCUUUUGACCAUGUAUGUGAAAUGUGGGGCUAUGGAUUUGGCUAGAGAUGUUUUUGAUGAGAUGCCAGUGAGGAACGUUGUGUCAUGGAACUCUAUGAUCAUGGGGUAUGGCUUGCAUGGCAAUGGGGAGAAAGCUCUUGAACUGUUCUUGGAGAUGGAGAAGAAGGGUCCGAAGCCGAAUGAUGCUACUUUUGUUUGUGUCUUGUCUGCGUGUACACAUGCUGGAAUGGUCAUGGAGGGUUGGUGGUACUUUGAUCUCAUGCGUCGGGUUUACAAUAUUGAACCCAAGGUUGAACACUAUGGUUGCAUUGUUGAUCUGCUUGCUCGUGCUGGUUUGGUGAAAAAUUCAGAAGAGCUUAUAAAAUAUGUGUCUGUGAAGGGUGGUGGAUCUGCGUUAUGGGGGGCUCUACUUUCUGGUUGUACGACACACAUGGACUCUGAGCUCGGAGAGAUUGUGGCCAAGAGACUUAUUGAGUUGGAGCCCAUGGAUAUUGGCCCUUAUAUCAUGCUGUCUAACACAUAUGCUGCUCAAGGGAGGUGGGAUGAUGUUGAACGUGUGAGAGUGAUGAUAAGAGAAAAGGGAUUACAGAAAGAAGCAGCGUCCAGCGUAGUUCAUCUGGAAGAUUUUGAAUCUAAAUAUUUUGUGAAGAAUUAUUCAGUCCAUAGGAAAAGGAUCAUGUACUCGAUGUUGAGUGAAUUAGGAGCGCAUAUAAAAUUGUCCCCUGCAGGUUCAAUUGAGAAGGACAAUUUCAGGCCUUGAUAAAGAUUAGAUUCUAUGUGAUACAGUCUGUUGGGGGAGAACCAAAGUGUGCGUUAAGAAAUGGGAUAUGGAGGUAAUAAUUAUCGAUAUCGAGGAAAAAGAUGUAAGGGUAGAGACAGCCAUUAAUGAAUCGUGUGUGCGGAAUGGAGUUGCAAUGAAGAUGAAUUUCUAAGGAUGUGAGAAAACAAAAGGAUCUAGUAGGUACUGCAGAGUCCAGAUUGGUUCCCCCAAAAGAUUUUGGAUCUGGAUAUUCUUGUGAAGUUAAUCAUUUAUUUGAAGAGGAAUGGCUUACUCAGUGUCUUGCAUGAAUAAGCAUCUAAGAUAAAAUCAAUCUGUGAAAAUACCAAAUGGGAAAGAAAUAUUUAUACGAUGAAUUGAAGAGUGAAGACUGAAUGCAUAAAGAAGAUACCAUCAACUUGUUUCUCUAGAGGAAAUUCUUGCAAGGCAAGGCUUUCAUGUGGUGCAUACAUGAACUGGGAGUCUUAAAAAAAGCGAGCGCUUUUCUACUAUUCAACCCUAUUUAUCUAGUUGAGCCUCCUCUAACACCUUACCAACCCUAAUCACUUUAACUCCAUUCUACCCUUUUAUCCUAACAACCUCCUUUACAAAAUGAUAAUAUUCAUAAAUCAUAAUUGUAUAUUUGCAAAUGUUCCGAAUUUUGAAUUUUGUCUUUUACCAUAUUGAUAGCUUUGUAAUAGUUGAUUUGAUGUACAUUGUACAUGACAAUGAAUAAAACUUCAGGCCUUUUAAUCAA